GAUUUCACACUCUUGAAUCUUGCAUUAAUGGCGGACGCAAACACUCCACAUAUAGCCAUCAUACCGAGUCCCGGAAUGGGUCACCUCAUCCCAUUCGUCGAGUUAGCUAAGCGACUCGUUGAGCACGACUGUUUCACCGUCACAUUGAUCAUCUCCAGUGAAUCUUCGCCGUCUAAGGCACAAAGAUCCGUUCUCAACUCUCUCCCUUCCUCCAUAGCCUCCGUAUUUCUCCCUCCCGCCGAUCUUUCCGAUGUUCCCUCCACAGCACGAAUCGAAACUCGGGUCAUGCUCACCAUGACUCGUUCCAAUCCGGCGCUCCGGGAGCUUUUUGGCUCCUUAUCAACGAAGAAACGUCUCCCGGCGGUUCUUGUCGUCGAUAUGUUUGGUACGGAUGCUUUCGAUGUGGCCGUUGACUUCCACGUGUCACCAUACAUUUUUUAUGCAUCAAAUGCCAACGUCUUGUCGCUUUUUCUUCACUUGCCAAAACUUGACGAAACGGUGUCGUGUGAGUUUAGGUACUUAACCGAACCGGUUGAGAUUCCCGGCUGUGUCCCGAUAACCGGUAAGGACUUUCUUGAUACGGUUCAAGACCGAAACGACGACGCUUACAAAUUGCUUCUCCAUAACACCAAGAGGUACAAAGAAGCUAAAGGGAUUCUAGUGAAUUCCUUCGUCGAUUUAGAGCCGAAUGCUAUAAAGGCUUUACAAGAACCGGCUCCUGAUAAACCAUCGGUUUACCCGAUUGGGCCACUGGUUAACACAAGUUCAUCUGAUGUUAACUUGGAAGACAAGUCCGAAUGUUUAAAUUGGCUAGACAACCAACCAUUCGGCUCGGUUCUAUACGUAUCAUUUGGAAGCGGCGGCACACUCACGUGUGAGCAGUUCAAUGAGCUCGCUCUUGGUUUAGCAGAGAGCGAUAAACGGUUUAUUUGGGUCAUACGAAGUCCAAGCGGGAUAGCUAGUUCAUCGUAUUUCAAUCCACACAGCCAAACCGACCCCUUUUCGUUUUUACCAAUUGGAUUCUUAGACCGAACCAAAGAGAAAGGUCUGGUGGUUCGGUCAUGGGCUCCACAGAUUCAAAUCCUGGCUCAUCCAUCCACAUGCGGGUUUUUAACACACUGUGGAUGGAAUUCGACCUUAGAAAGCAUUGUAAACGGUGUACCGCUCAUAGCAUGGCCUUUAUUCGCGGAGCAAAAGAUGAAUGCAUUGCUACUCGUGGAGGAUGUUGGAGCGGCUCUAAGAAUCCAUGCAGGUGGAGAUGGGAUUGUACGGAGGGAAGAAGUGGUGAGAGUGGUGAAGGGACUGAUGGAAGGAGAAGAAGGAAAAGCCAUAGGGAAUAAAAUGAAGGAGUUGAAACAAGGAGUUGUUAGAGUCUUGGGAGACGAUGGAUUCUCCACCAAGUCAUUUAGUGAAGUUUUGUUAAAGUGGAAAGAACACCAGCGAGAAAUCAACCAAGAGACGUCCCAUUAAAUGGUAUAAUAUACUUAAAAUAUGUGAGUUUGAGCUACCCUACUAAGCUCAAGAUCAAAAUGUUUCAAUUUAUGCAUUAUGCUGCAAGGAGUCACCAACAUAUAAUAAACUGUUCUUUGACCUUGUCAGAGUCAGAAUGAUCUUUGUACAACAGAAGAUUCAGAAGAUAGUUUCAUCUGUUUAGUAGAUUAGGUUAUCUUUAUUUAAAAAUUAAUAUGAUAAUAAAUGUUUGUAUGCACU